AUGGAGUCGGGCGCACUUGUGACCGACGAGAUUGUCGUCGGUAUCAUUAAGGACGCCAUCAAGAGUUCGGAAUGCCGUCGUGGAUUUAUUCUUGACGACUUUCCACGAACGUCCUCGCAACUAAAUUUGUACCUGCUGGCCUUCAAUGACGUCUCUUGCGCUGGCUGGGCGUACGUGUUGUACCUAACAGUGACAACGAUCUUCAAGGCGCUUGAAGGUGGCGAUCUGGACUGGAGCCAAGUGGCACAAAUCACGUGGGACGUUGUGUCACUGCCGCUCACAGUGAUUCAGCCGAUGGCCGUAAUGGAGAUCGUGUACGAUGCCGUGGGCUUUGUGCGAUACUCAACCUCGGGAGGAUGA